AUGCCAUCGCGAAUCGGCGUCGAUCCGCGAUGUGGGCAAUGCACACGACUGAAUCGCAAAUGCGACUGGAACUUCAGAUGGAACUUCACUGAUGCUACGACGAAUACUCAAAAGCGAUUCAGUAAUGUCAAGACAGAGGGCAAUGCGGUCUGGGAUCCUACCACGCCCACGUCCACGUCUCCCUCUUCUUACUAUCAACGAGACGAUCUUCCUGCCUUUUCUGAGCUCAAGUCAGAAGAAGACCGGGAACGAAAAGCUGAAUCUCACAAGCCAGGUACUUUUGGCGUGAUUGUUACUCCAGAGAGCUUCCACGAUCUGCCAGAAUAUGCAGCCUCAACAUCCCAUGAAUCGAGUAAUCGACGAAGAACAAGUACUCAUUCAUGUCGAGGCGGAAGGAGUAGCCCACGACCUUCACCAAGGCGAGCUACAACACUGCCUCCAGAUCCGAAUAUGGUGAUUCUGGAUCGAUUCGAAGAUUCAUCGUCAGAAGCUACGAUGCCGAUAUGCAGCUCAAGAGAGGACUUCUCUGAAUCGAUCCAAGCUCUCUCGAUCACGAGUCCACCCUACACACCGAGUACGACUUCAACAGCAGCGACGGCAAGUAUAAGAGAAGACGAGGAGUUGGUCACCCAUUUUCGACAAUACAUCGUUCCGAGGCUCGUUCAUCCACAAUCUGAAGCGAUGCGCGGCAUUGCGUCGCAAGGAUCAACGACCGAUGUUCUCGAGCGUGAAGCUGCGAGAUUCCCGCCUCUUCGACAUGCGUUGUGUGCCAUCAGUGCUCUGAAUCUGGCAUACAGUGGUCAUUCCUCGUUGGAAGAAGCCAUGCAGAAUUACCACCAGGCGCUCGCAGCGUCUUCUGCUUCCAAUAUGGCGAACGAUCUCCUAUCAGACGGCGUCUUCUUCAGACAUUAUCUGCUUUUCGUGUACGACAUCUGUGUACCGAUGCAGUCUGACGAUCUCGGAUCCGACAUGUGGGCGAAGCACCUGACACAACUACAACGGAUCGCGGUUCAACGGCAUCACCAUCACAGAGGGCAAGAGUUGCACGCGUAUACGAUCUGGAAUAUUUGCGAGCUUGAUAUCUAUGCUUGUUUGAUGGGCAGUGGUACAUGCGAAUUUCUGCGGACGAUCAUCCAGAACAACAUGCUGCCACAUAUAAGUCAGCAAGUGCCAAAGCUCACAAUGGGGCACACUCCACAACUCAGUCCGCACAAAGAGCAGCUAUUCUCGGCGAUUCUUCGACUGAACGAAGGAGUCCUCCUUCGAGCUGCAAUCAUAGCUCAAAGAGCUCAGAAUUGCAGAGCAGGAAUGGUAAAUGACCAGCAAGCCGCUCUGCUGUCACCUGGUCGACUCGCUCACUGGACUGCAAUCGCUGCACAAGCACAGAAUGACCUCUUAGCAUUUUGGCAACACGCACUACCACCACAGCUCACUUCCGAAUCUACAAAUCCAAAUACGAUUGGUGACCUACCCGACCGCGCCAAAACAGUCUUCGAAGGCGCUCUCCUCCUCUACCACGCCAUGAUCAUCUACUCCCGCACCAGCAUGUUCCGCGGUCAACGUCCAAUCCCCACCGCAACACACAUGGACAUCCCACAAGACACCGAACGACGCAUCAAUACUAUCUUUACACUAUCAAAUCGACAAAUCGAAAAUGGUCAAGUUGAGAGACGAAAUUCCGUUUUUGCAAUUUUCAUCGCUGGAGUGGCCAGUAAUAUCGACGCGUCUAAAGUCCGGGCGAUUGAGCUUAUAAGAGGAUUUGAGGGCAAUGGAAUUGGGCAGAAUACGGCUAGGACGAGACAACUGCUCGUGGAGGUUAGGGAGGAGCAGAGGAGGGUUGUGGCGAUGGGUGGGAGGAUGGAGGAUGUGAAGUGGUUGGGGGUUGCGAGGGAGAGGGGGUUGGGGGUUGCGAAUUGUGGGCUUUGA